UUCCCAGAGCCCCGAGGCACCCGCCCCCGGCACCACUCCACCCCUGCCCGGGCACCAGCAUGGCGUCCAGCGACGAGGACGGCGUCGCGGCGUCGGACGAGAAGGAAAACAACAACAAGAAAGGCGUCAAAGGCACUGUGGCCACCGCGUGGCUCACCUUCUACAACAUCGCCAUGACGGCCGGGUGGUUGGUCCUGGCCAUGGCGAUGAUGCGCUUCUACAUGCAGAAAGGCACACACAAGGGCCUGUACAGAAGUAUAGCCAGGACCCUCAAGUUCUUCCAGACUUUUGCUUUAGUCGAGGUGGGACACUGCGCCAUCGGCCUGGUUAGGACAUCGGUGAUCGUCACCGGGGUGCAAGUGAGCUCGCGCAUCUUCAUGGUGUGGUUCGUCACCAACAGCAUCAGACAGAUCCAGAACGAAGAGAGCGUGGUCCUCUUUCUGGUGGUGUGGACCCUGACGGAGAUCACCAGAUAUUCCUACUACACCUUCAACCUGCUCCACCACCUGCCGUACUUCAUCAAAUGGGCCAGAUACACCCUGUUCAUCGUGCUGUACCCGCUGGGCGUGGUGGGCGAGCUGCUGACUAUCCACUCGGCGCUGCCGUUCGUGCGCCGCUCGGGCAUGUACUCCAUGAGGCUCCCCAAUAAGUACAACGUGUCCUUCGACUACUACUACUGUCUGGUGGUCAUCAUGCUAUCUUACAUCCCCUUGUUCCCUCAGCUCUUCUUCCACAUGCUGCGGCAGAGGAGGAGGGUGCUCCAUGGCGAGGUCAUCGUGGAGAAGGACGACUAGUCGGAACCAGCCUGAUCGUCGUCAUCAUCAGCUGCCAACGCCACACAUCUGACAAAAGCGCGGGAGGAUGCGGAAUUGCUUACGUUUACUAUCUGUGCGCUGCGCAGAAGACGGCAGCCUUAAAGAGACGUGGAGGAGGAACUGAUUGUAUCAGUGUCCCAGCUAAUUGAGAAGAAAACAGGAAAGCUAAAAAUAAAACAAAACAAUAAAUCUCCAUGUAGACAACACUUUUUGUGGAUGUUUGUUUGAGGGAAAACAACAUUUUGUCUGCAUUCUUUGACGAUGUUUACCUGUAAGUAUGUGUGUAUGUUUGCUACUUCGAUUCCCUCCAAACAAAAAGGUGCUAUCGUGAGACCGUUGAUUGAUGUUCAAUCAACUUGUGCUAAAAGGAGCAAGAGGCUUCAAUUUAAAGAAGCAGGGGUGGAAAAGGAAUGUGAAAUCGUGCAAAAAUCAAUAAACAA